CCGGGUGCGCUCCAAGCUGACAAGAAAGGCGCUGUUCUUGUUUGACGAGCGUUCGAGCCGCGCAUUAUCGGCGAGCGUCAUGAGAGAACAUGUGUAAACAAGCACGUGGAGAUACUGCUCUCUCUCUCUCUCUCUUUCUCUCUCUCUCUCGCUGAGAGUUUGCUCAUUACGAAAUGCGAUAUCAACGUUCACCCCCUCCGAGUUUGCACAGCGUAUCCGCUACACAGCAGUAGUGCUUACUUUUGGCGCGUAGAAUUCUAACGUCCCAACGAUACGUAUGCUCGGCGUAAUGUGCUGCAUCUUUUGACAUCUAAUUCUUCUCGUGCCCCUCUACAGCGAGUUGAUUUUUGCGAAUGGCGUUUCUUUCUUGUAUACUUGACACGUGUUCCUCUGGAGUAUUAAGCUACGUAGAGAAACUUUCUGUCGAUUACCUACGAAGAGCGAAAAGGCGUGUGAGAGAGAGAAUGUGUGGCCAGGAACAGGCUUUAGAAUUGCUCAAGAUACUUCAGAAACUGCCUGUAGACUUGGAGCUUUUAACUAAAACACGUAUUGGAAUGACCGUGAAUGCUUUGAGGAAAUCCAGCAGGGAUGAGGAGGUGAUUUCCCUCUCAAAGACUCUCAUCAAAAACUGGAAAAAAUUCUUGUCAGGAUCCAACAAAGAAAAGGACUCUACUUCAUCGAGUAGUUCAAAGAAAAGGGAUGAGAAAUCAGACAAGAGCAAGGAAGAGAAUGAUCAGAGGAAGGAGAAAGACAUGAUGGAUGGCAGUGACGCCAAAAUGAAGGAGGACAAACCCAGCAAAGAUGUUCAAAGAAAGCAGUUGUCCUUUCCGGCUCCCACCACGACGGACGCGGUCAGAUUAAAAUGCAGAGAGCUGCUAGCUGCGGCAUUGCGCGUGGACGGGAAGGUCAUCGACGGCUGUGCCAGUCCGGAGGAGCUAGCGGAGGAGUUGGAGGAGGCGAUCUAUGCGGAAUUCAAAAAUACCGACAACAGAUACAAAAAUAGGGUACGCAGUAGAGUCGCCAACCUGCGCGACGUGAAGAACCCAAAUCUGCGCACCAACUUCAUCGUGGGCGCGAUCACUCCAGCGCGGCUCGCGGUGAUGACGGCGGAGGAGAUGGCGAGCGACGAGAUAAAGCAGCUGCGCGAGCAGUUCAAGAAAGAAGCCAUCAACGACGCGCAGCUGGCCACCGUGCAGGGGACAAAGACCGAUCUGCUCAAGUGCGGCAAAUGCAAGAAGCGCAACUGCACGUACAAUCAGGUGCAGACGCGCUCGGCGGACGAGCCGAUGACCACGUUCGUGUUAUGUAACGAAUGCGGCAAUCGGUGGAAGUUCUGCUAAGAAGCGUCCUAGAGGGAAGAAGAAGAAGAAGAAGCGGAAGUUCCGAUUUACAAUCUCGUCUUCGUUCACCGCUUCGCAGCGGACUCGACAAAACUCUCGUAUCUUGAUCGUCUCUACCUAGCGUUCAAAUACCUUCGCGAGACGAGUAUCUCGUGAUGAAGUUAUCGUAACGAUGUUAUGUAAAUUUCGUAGACUCUCGAUCAGUACGAUUGCACCCAAAAGUCGCCCGAUUGCGCCUCCUCCAACUCGUAGGACGCGCGCGUCCUGCCAGCUGGGGGAUGUAUAUUGUAUGUAAAGAUUAUUAUAUUAUACAUUACAUAUAUAUAUAUAUAUAUAUAUAUAUAUGUAUAUAUAUGUAUAUUCGCGAGGAGUUGCAUUCAAAUUUCUAUAUUAGCCGCUCGUAUGAAUAAUGCUGCAUGUCACGCGGGACGCUCGAAACUUGCCGUGCGCGAAACCUUCCAUGUCGAGAGUCUACCGGCGCUACACAGACCGCGAGGAGGCGCAGAGAAUGUACGUUGGCCGAUCGAGAGCGUAGCGGCAAAAGGUGUCUCGGUCCCCGCGCUACUGUGUACAUAUUGAGACCGAUCAGGCUCGAUGUCAGGCUCGAGCUUUCUGAUGAGUACUUUGAACCUAGAGUGGAUUCUAUACACAGUAAUAUACAUGUGUACGCGAACUUCCCGACGUAAGAGACUACAGUAAGAGACGGCAUUUCAAUCGACACGUUUUUAUCCUAAUCACGAUCGUGACUGUUGAUACACGGAGACAUCUCUCGCUUUUGUGCAUAAUCGCGUGAUGUAGUAGAUCUCGUCUCUCUAUCACUCUGCUGUAAAAUUCAAACACCCCGUACUCUGACGACUGUACCUACAAUUAUAAAAUAUAUAAAUAUAUAUGUACAAGAGGUGUGCGUGUGUGUGUGUGUGUAUGUAUGUGUGUGUGUGUUUAUAUAUGUAUGUAUGUAUGUCGCGUGCGUCACCCGAUCUUUCUCGCCUGAGUGUUCCUCUCUCUCUCUUUCUCUCUCUCUCUUCCGUGCCCGACCGCCGCGAAGAGACUCGCCAGACACCGUGACGCCUUUAUAACACAAUGACUAUACUUUUUAUUUAAAAUUACUUCUUUUUACGAGGUACAUUUAUAUACAUAAAAAAUUUAUGACUAUUACAUUAAGCUUAUGCAAUAUA